AUGUUGGCACCCAAGCAAUAUUCAGGAGCCGCGAGUGUACCAUCCCAGACCCCAACCUCACUCGGUCAUCUCCACCAGAGACCUGCGACAUCAACAAGCCUUCAGUUUGGGAUGGGGUUCACCAGUCCAACGUCGGAGUUGUCGGAGGGGCACGAUGAUCUUGCAUCUGUCCGAGCUUGGGACGAGAAAAGAGUGGUUGCCUGGCUUCACAGCAUCAAAUGCGGGCAAUAUGAGUCGAUAUUCAGAUCCAACAACUUCAAUGGAGAUAAUCUAGUCGAAUGCGACCAAAAGAUCCUGCAGGAGAUGGGUAUUAAAAAAGUUGGUGAUCGAGUGCGCAUCUUCGUUGCUAUCAAACAACUUAGAAACAAGUCCGGAACAACGUCACGACAAAAGAAUAUGAAUACCCUAGCUGCGCUCGAAGCCACGGCGCUUUCCAAUUCCUCCCGUUUCUCCCACUCCCGUCUACCAUACCGACGCACAUCUCAGCUGGCUGAUGAUGGUUAUCUGAACAGCAAAUCGCUGUCUCAGCCUGCGUCACCACCCGCCGGGGACACUGAAAGAAGCCCAUGGUCCAAAGACUACCUUAAUCAUCCACCCUCGAGUGGCUCAAAUACUGGUCGGAGCACCAGUAUAUCACACGGAAGCCGAAGCUCCCAUCCUCGGAACCCCAGUCUUGAUGGCCUCACAAUGGGUCCUCUUCCGUCAAAUUCACCUGUCAUUCGUGUUAUCUACACCGGUGGACAAACCAAGGUGCUGGAUAUCCGAAAUUGCGCAACACCAGAUGAAGUUAUCUUAUGUGUUUUGAAGAAACUCCAACUUCCAGAGCACCAGUACAGAAAUUACUGCUUCUAUGUUCUGGAUGGCCUUGACCCAGACUUGUCAAACUGCCGAAAGCUCACCGAAACCGAGCUCAUGGAGAUCUGCGAGGGUUACAACCGGUCCGAGCGAGGUCGUUUGAUUCUCCGGAAGAUCCACGCCGGAGAACCCGACCAGGAUGAGCUUCGUCGUGCUUCGCAGCUCGCGUAUGAUGAAAGUCAGGCCACACAUCAGCACGCUCUGAACAACUCCAACCAGCGCCAGAAACACAAGAUCCAGCAACUUACUGGUGAAUCUUGGCAUAAUAUCAAGCAACCCCUUUCUCCCUUGGGUCCUCGGCAUCGGCCAUCCAACUCGAGUCUUGAAGAACACCGGGAGCCUAACGAUGAACGCAAUCCGGUUGCUAAGCUUCGUUCGUUCUUCGGACAGAGACCUCCCAGUGAGAUGAUCAUUCACGAACUGCAGUCAUUCUUCCCCAGCCAUGACCGAGAAAACAUUGAGAAGACUGUGCGAAGAUCUCAACGACUGAGUCGCGCGGCCAGUCGCAUGAGUGUUGUGAGCAACUACAGUGUUGCAUCAAGUAUGAAAGAUGCCCCGCCAUUACCACCAUUACCCUACCUCCCUCCCAUCCCCACUAUUGCCGACCAAUGGCUUCAGGGGCCUGGACAUGCACAGGCAGUACGAGCUCCUCGGCCUGUCUCGGUAUCUAAGUUCAACCUGUCCCAAGCUUCAUAUCGUGAUUCGAUCGCAUCUAGCUCUCUUCAACCACUCCAGGAGGAAGAUUCGGAGACUGAGCCGAACCGCAGGUCAUAUGUCUCUUUUGAAAGUGGCUCUGAUUUCAUUGAUGAAUCAAGCUCCAUUCACCAGAGCGAACCAAGCCCCUUCCGUCAAAGCUUUGAGAGCCUCAGUAUCGCUGCUACAGAUGGUGGUUCGUUAAACGACCGAAUGAGUAUCAUUGUGGCCGAGGAUGGCGAGGAAGAGGAUGAUGGCCUCGUUGACUUCCUGGCUGGAAAUAACUUCGCCCCGAAGAACUGGAUGAAGGGAUCCUUGAUCGGAGAGGGAUCUUUCGGAAGUGUUUUCCUGGCCCUCCAUGCUAUCACGGGAGAACUUAUGGCUGUCAAGCAGGUUGAAAUUCCAUCUGCUACUAAGGGCACGGAGUUCGAUCAACGCAAGAAUCUCAUGGUCAACGCUCUGAAACAUGAGAUUGAACUGUUGCAAGGAAUGUCUCACCCCAACAUCGUGCAAUAUCUUGGUACAGUCGCCGACGACCAGUAUCUGAACAUUUUCUUGGAGUAUGUGCCUGGUGGCUCUAUUGCCACAAUGCUGAAGCAAUACAACACCUUCCAAGAGCCUCUCGUCAAGAAUUUCGUUCGACAAAUCUUGGCCGGUUUAUCAUACCUCCACAGCCGGGAUAUCAUCCACCGUGACAUCAAGGGCGCCAACAUUCUAGUCGACAACAAGGGCGGUGUCAAAAUUUCCGAUUUCGGUAUCUCAAAACGCGUAGAGGCAUCCCACCUCCUCGGCGCCCGCGCCAGUGGCGGCGGCGGCCACGUCCACCGCACAUCCCUUCAAGGAAGUGUGUACUGGAUGGCCCCUGAAGUCGUCCGGCAAACUGCCCACACCAAAAAAGCCGAUAUCUGGAGUUUGGGCUGUCUCGUCGUGGAAAUGUUUAUCGGCGUCCACCCCUUCCCGGAUUGCACCCAGCUGCAAGCCAUCUUCGCAAUUGGAAGCAACAAAGCGCGUCCCCCUGCUCCAGACCAUGUGAGCCAGGAGGCGGUGGAUUUCCUCGACAUGACUUUCCACUUGGAGUACGAGAAACGGCCCAGUGCCGAUGAAUUGCUUAAGUGCGCGUUCUUGUCCGCCCCAGUCGCAUAA